CACGUGGACUGCUCUGGAAUGCGGAAUUUUGGACAAUGGGUUUCGGCAUGACUAUUCAUAACCUUUGAGUGCUGCAUAAUACUUUUUAUGUCCUGUACGUAAAAAUAAAAUAAGAGAGUAUCUGGAGUUUUCACAGCCAAGAAAACGUCUACUGUCGAAUCGUGUUCAUGCUCAACGUGGAACUAUAAAAUUAAACAUAGAGGAUUGCCCGCCAUUGGUAAGUUGGUAUAAUAAUAUACUGAAGAGUAAUGACUAAGCAGUCAAGAAAGUAAUACUAACCUGACUAGUGAUUAUACGAUAUAGUGAAAGGAAAACAACACGAAAGAUUUAGAGUUCGACUGUGAGUUAUCGAAUUACUCUGGAGAAAAAAUAAAUGCAAUCUUAACUGGACAAAACUGUCAAAUGGUUUGUCGUUGGAAAUAACUCUUUGCAGAAUGGAUCAUCUUUGUGCUACCUAAGAAUUUCAACAAAUUUAUGCGUGUGGCUAGAAUAGAAAUAUUGGCAAAGCAACAUAGAACAAAAAUCUUGCACGCUUAUUUUUUUUCACUUUGCAUCUAGACAGACGUGAUCUUUGUUUCCCGUUUCAGCUUCCGAUGCUCAUGACGAUUUGAGCCUAUAACAACAACUUAAUCCACGCCUAAAAUGUGCUACUUUCUGCAACGUAGAGGGAAUAAAGAGAUUAUUUUUCCUGUUACACCUCUCUUGUCUGACAGGGGUUUAACCUUUUAUUUGCCGGAACGGGAACUACUCCAACAUUUAAAAUCUUUACUCGAAGGAGGAAAAAUUUUUAUUCCUUCGAUGUCUGGCUACCGAUUGUGCGGUGGUUGAUCGUAAAAUCCGUUUACAAAAGAGACAAAAAGCCAAAAAAUUUAUUACAUAAUGUCUUUUACUUAAAAAAAACGCUUAAUAAUAACGGGUAUUCAUAAAAGUGAAAUUCUUUUUACAGACCUUUAAUUCUGUUAAUGUAAGAAUUUAAUUGAACUUAAUUCUUGUUAAGACCCAUUAAUUUGCUGAAUUUAUAGAUAAAAUUGUGAGUUUUAGGACAGUUGAUAGCAUAGCUAAUCUGGGAAGAGAAUGACUCGUUUUUUUAUGAGUAGGAGACCUGUUGACAUUAGUAUAAUCCAUUUUAGUGGUUACGGUUAUAAGUGCCCGCCAGUGAUUUACAACUUGGUCCAAAGAUAGAAAUCUGUGGUAGUACUGAAUAAGCUUAAAACUGACUCAAGCUCACUGAAUGAGCUAAACAUAAAGUGAUUUACAAUUAGAACUAGAGAAAUUGCGAAAAGUAUUAUUUUCAGCACGUAACCGAGAUGUUACGGCUCGGUUGUUACUGCGCCGGGCCUGUAUACUGCAGCACUUUGCGUCUCGGUUCCCUGCUACUCUCAGGAAACCAAAAUUCAUGCCCGUUCUUUUUCUGAUAUACUCUGCGCUCCAUCUAUCACUCUGGUUGCCCCAAAUCCUUCUAACUUUUCAGGCCUCUCCACGGUACCCUAGAAAAUAGAUUUUGUAGUAGGCUAGAUGAUGGUCUGUCUGUAUAAUUAUAAAACUAAAUUAAAUACUCUGUUUGGUAGUAGCAAGCAAGUAGAUCUUCAUUUGAUCCCCUAGAAACUUCUAAGAGUUCAGAGUUUUAGCUGUUUCCAAGUCCCUGGCCUGAAUGAGACGAAGUUUAUUUGUGUUUUAGUUUAGAUGGGUUUUGACAAGCGGUAGCCAAAAAUGGCAGUACAAAUUGAAUUAUCGAUUGGUUAUCCAUCGCUUGUUAGUUCUACGAAGGUAAAGUGGAUGUCGAUAUUACAUGCACUUACACAAGUCAAAGCUUGCCUGCUCUGUCGCCUGCUCUAAAGUAUGGUUUCUAUUUCACUUUAUUAUUAUUAUUAUUAUUAUUAUUUCGCACGGAAUUCGAUUAAAUACGCCGUAUAGCAGCAACCUCAGUUCUUUGAUGAAAGAACACGUGCAUUCUUUUUCAGGGUACUUUACACAGCUACAUGGAAAAUAAGUCAGGCCAUAGACACGAGAGCGGCAGUGCUACAAAGGGAUACCUCCUCUUUGACGAGGAAACACUCAAUUUCUUCUUGUACGGAAACAGGAAAGUUAGGGUUAUUGAUGUGAACAAGCUGAAAAGAAGUGCUGAAAAUCAUCAAGGUAAUAAUUUAAUGAGCUGUACAAUGCACCAGGAUAUUUUAUCGUUUCCAGAAGAGCAAACGUUUAGUUAAACAUCUUAAGCGAAAACUUAGACAGCGACCUACUUUGUUAAGAGGGAGUUCAACUAGAGAUAUAAAAUCUACCCAGGCAAUUUAAAAAGGAGUGAAAAGGAAGGCUCACAAGGAAUUUGAACAAAAAGUUGAACAAUACGUGAAGCAUAAGACUUCUUUCAUUGCGCAAAUACAGUAUCGGUGAAGGAGCACUUCAAACUUUCCAUCGCUCGUAUUAAUCCUAGACUCCGUCCAAUCUUCCUCACAUCUUUCCGCACAUCAUGAGUUAUUUUUGUUUUCUUUGCACAAGUUGCUGCGAAAUCAAAUCAAUCCUUGCAAUGAAUAGACAAGAAUUAGCGCGGUGUAGAUUCAAUAGCCAUGAUUAUUGUUCUCUUGUUCUCUUUGUAUUACGUAUUCAUUAUUUACAACCUGAUUGUUCUCAAAAUUUCCGCUUUCUCAGUUGUUUACAAUUUUCAAGGAAUUAUCAUGACGUUUCAGCAAAUUUAUAAGUACAAUAAAUUCACCUUGCCAAUUAUCAAUAUCAUCUUAGCGGUUUACCCACUUAAAGAACUUGGCCCUCUACCAAGAAAUCUGACAGCUUUUUAAUAGUUUUACUAAAACUCUUUAAUAGCUGUCAGUACCCUCAGCAGAGAGCGGAAAGAACUCUUAAACACUUAGAAAAAGGUGUGUUGCAAGGAUUCUGAAGGACCGAAAGUUUUCGUUUCCUUUCGCAGAUUCUGCCUAAGAUAAUUAUCAGUCCGGCAUUCUAAAGGGUUUAUUUUGGCUUAUAAGGUUAUGACCUUGAUUUAAUGUUCUACGCCAUCCUUACCUUAUUUCAGCGCAAAUAUUUUUCAAGAAGCGUUAAUAAGUUUCAAUCUAACAGUUACAGCGGUACUGAAAUUUUUAGCCUCCCUCGAGCAAGUUCGUCGGCACUCUGAUAACCCCACUAGGAAGACGGAAUUUAACAACGCAAGCGGCUAGUUUGCAAUUGCGCCGAAGGUGUCUUUAACGACUUCAGGGGCACCCAAGGAGAAUAUAGUUCAAAACCACUUAAACAUAGCAUUGUUGAAUGUAUUUUAGUAUUUAAAAGGUAGAUAUAGGCAUAUUUUUAUCCCCUAAAACUUUUUCAUCUGUUCGGAUUUCCUAGCUGAAAGGAGUGAUCGAAAAAUUAUAGGGAUCAAAACUUACCUUUUCGAAAAUUUCAGCCAGAAAAAAGGCUCCCGAAAAUUCUAGGUGACCUUUUUAAGGUAAAAAUCCGUUAAAAAUGGGCAAUUAUACCAUUUUUUAGAUGUUCGACAAUCCUAGGAGAGGCAGGCAAGCAAGAAAUUAUACAAAAAAUGUUCCGAAAAUUCUAGAUCUCAAAUCGUCUUCCGAACAGAUAUUUUCCGAAAAUUGACGUUGGGUGCCCCUGCGACUUCACCAAUCGCGUCGUAAGACUUGCUUUUAAGGUUUAUUGAGCCAAACUAUUUAGUAUAAUCAAGAGGUCAUAAUUAUAGCUCCUGGUAUAAUACACCUUUCCAUGUUUUUUUAAUUUCAACUUUUGGCAUGGACAAGUUAGGGAAAAUCCUGCACUCCGCUGGAAAGAGAGCCUUCAAAUUAGUAAAAUUGCCAAGUUUGAAAGGGAUUUGUUGAAAAUUAACAAAGAUAUAGCUCCUCAAAGUCAUGAAAUUUUUAAGACGUUUGUAUGGGGGGUGGGGGGGGGGCACAAACUUUGGGGGGCACAGAGUCUGUAAACAAAAGUCUGUAACUUUUCGCAACUUUGCGGACCUAUAUCGUCGCACUGAAGACGUAUCACUUUCAAACUUAGCACCUUUAUUAAUUUUAUGAGGCUCUUUUCAGUGGUGUCGACAGAUUUUCCCUAACUGGUCCAUGUCAAAAGUUGAAAAAACCGUGGAGGCAGCUCCUCUGCAGCCUGAGAAGGGUUUGCAGCAACUUCAUUCUUAGGAUCAUCUGCUACUCGUCCUCCGAAGCUAGAGAGUAAGGAACGAGUAGGAGAGGAAGCUGGGAACGAGGUUGAGUUUGGAACUCAGGAAAUAGCAACAAAUUUCGCAAUCAGUGAAAACCGAAGCAUCUCUUGUCUUUCACUUCUUUACCGUUGAAUUCAGAACCUUCCACUUCAAAGAAGCAGAAGCUUACCCCUGGCAGGGAGGAACCGCCGCUUACAAACGCUAUAAGAUCAUUUCCCGAUGAAGUGCAGCUCUGUUUAUCAAGUCUCCCAGGGGCAAUCUACGGUGUAUGUGCCAAAGAGCACAUUCCCUUGGGAACGUGGAUUGGUCCGUAUGAGGGCAGGCGAAUUCCUCCUCAGCACAACACGCCAGACAUAGAUUCUUCUUACCUUUGGGAGGUAGGUUUUGUCGGAGUUUUGAUUUCUCAGAUGCCUCGAAAGAACCUACACAUAGCACAUCUUUCCACACGUUCCUGGCCCAAAAUACGCUAUUUUAAAACCGUUUCGUGCACCAGUACCAGCGGUAAUUUACACCACUCAGAUUUCAAGAGAGGUAUAUUCUCUCUUGGUGAUUUAUUCGAAACAUGCGCUUGCUUUCAGUUGGAUUUCACUGCACACUACUUCCUUAAUUUACCAGGCAACUUUACCUUUCAUCCCCUAGUCAAAACUGAUGCAGGAAGAUUAACUCAAGAAUGGACGAUUCUAUAAAUCUAACGCCUAAGUCUGCAACUUAUUCUAAAGUAGACUAAUGCAGAUUUACAGACCUUAUAGCCCACUUCAUCUCAACAGAUCUCAUAAAAAAACCCGUGGCCCAAUUCAUGUAGUGUCGUUAAUCAACUAAAAAUACCAGAUGUGUUCUUAAUUUCAAUAAUGAUGUUUCAGGUAGGUUAGCUUUUGAGUCUGGAAACAGCCUUCAAGCUUUAGUUUCGUAUUCAAACAAACGAAUUAGUGUGAACAGUACCUUUCAAUGGUGCUUUUUAAGAACGGUUUGUAUGCUGUAAUGCUGUUUACAAAUCACAUUUUUUUUAAUGCGCGGUUCAUUAUGCAAUUUAAAUUAGUUGUAGCUGCUGAGUCUGAUGAUAAAAUACUUAGAAAAAGCAAAUUCUAUUUCAAACAUAAACGCGACAUCCAAGAUUGGAACCUGGUCAUUAUAUAACUCAGUUGUUGCCUUUGUGCUUGUAGAUCUUCAAAGACGGCAAACUAAGUCAUUUUCUCGAUGGAAGUGAUGAAGAAAACUCGAGUUGGAUGCGCUUUAUUCGCUGUGCACGUCACCCAAAGGAACAAAACCUCUAUGCGUUCCAAUAUUGCGGGAACAUCUUUUACCGCGCAUUCAAGGAAAUCCCACCGGGUAGAGAGCUGUUAGUGUGGUACGAUGAUAAAUACCCUCAGUUCCUAGGAAUUCCUUUGGGAAUGCAGGAUUAUGAAUUCUACAGAGAAUCUGGUAGGAAGCUGAAUUAUCACUAUCUCAGAAUUUAGAAUCAUGCUGUACUUAGCCUAACAAAACAGCUGACAUGUCGCGACACCUCCACUGGUUUCCCCGAAAGAUCACUUCUGAGGAACGAGCGCAGAAAUUCCAUACUGAUGACGCAUCACUACCCAGAUCUGGUCAGUGCCUCUGAUUGGUUGAAAAUUUGCUUCAUACAAUCAGAAGCACCACCCAGAUAUGGAUAAAAGACAGAAUUUAUCAGCUCCUUUCUCAGAAGCCAUUUCGCGGGGUAUCCAAUGGUGGCGUCUCGAAAUGUCAGCCGUUUCCUCAGACUAUGUUUUACGUCGUCAUAAAAAGUACUAAACGAAAAAACUGCUGAGCACUUUUUAUUAAAAUGGUCACACUUAAAGCAUUUGUCUCCGUACGUAUGGAUACAAAAACUAGACUCAACAAUUACAUGAAUCCUUGCCCACCUGUGCGUGGACUAUAACUCUGCCACGGCGAAAGUACCAAAUUAAGUCCAAUGUACAUAGUUCCAUGAAGUUUCCUUUUUUCUUGCUAUUUUCCUUUUAGUGACGUCUUUAAAUCCACGAAGUUCUCAAAAGAUAAGCUCGUCAUCUACACAAGUAAACUCGUCUAAUCAAGAUCCUAAACAAUACGGUGCCAGGGAUUCCAGGAACAAUCCACAUACAGGAGGCUUCAGAGCUCCUUUGACACACGCUGUGAAACCUCGCUUUAAUCGCCCAAUAGGCAGUAUGGGAAGCUCAUUUGGCAAGGAGCAUUUUAGUUCAACAUCUAUAAGAGGUGGAAGUGGAUUUACAGGCCCCUUUCGCGAAGGGAACAAAGGAACUGAGAUGCUUUUGAUUCCACCUAGUGCAAAUGACAAGCACUUGAUAAGGACAUCCACUUCAGGGUCCUCACUAUUCUCGAACAAAAAUAUGUAUCAAAUGCAAACAAGGAAGAGCGACUUAAUACCAACAACUGAUCAAUUAAGCAAUGAAAGCUUAAAAAUUAGUUCUACACAGGGACAGUCAUCAAACAAACAGCAACUGAAACCUCAGGAUGGCAUGACUGAAAUGAGAGAUUCUCUUGCUCCAAAUGGCACAGCCCUUUCUCAGAGAGCGAUGUUCGCAUCAGAGGUGUCGAGACCACCAUUUACUAAAAGUGAGUAUUCAUCCGUUCCACCACUUAUUCCAAGAAAGCACUUACACUAUAGUGACGGUAUGUUGUAGAUAAGUGACAUGAGGGGAGAACGAAAUGAGGAUCACAUCAACGUCAUCCCACCAGAAUGCUAUUGUCAUUAGCACUGCCAAACUUCAUCUUCAUCGUCAUUUUUAACGUCGUCAUCAUCACAACAGCACCUCAUGGCAAGCUUUGACAACUGUGCAAGUGAAAAGGCUUAUUGAACAUUUUCAAGUUUGAAGUGUAAUGGUGUAGUUUUUGGGAAGAAAAAACUUCUAAACGCAUUAUUUUUUCUUUUUAACGAACUGAAGCGUCUUACAUAGGUUUUCCAAAGUGACGAGCCCAAAAUUGAUGAACUACCAUAGUUAUAAAGCCACAGCUUAAGAUUAAGCCAAUGAUCGUGGCGAAAAAUACUUUUUCUAACUCCAAAAAGAGGUUAAAAGCCUGAUGACUGGUGUACAAAAAAAGAACUGUAAAAACGUGGUUUUCGAAACUUUAGUUUUUAUUUUGUAGAGUUACCUGAUAUUAUAGAACGCUAAAUAAAAACCAUACCAUGACUUUUCCAGAUGACCAACAAGUGUCUCCGCGCACAAGUGAAGGACCAGCAUUCAAGCGGGAGCAUAACUUUGAGCGGACAAUGCCAACUCUACAUCCGUAUUUACCGAAGACUCCUCCUCUUCAAAGAAUAAACCACUUCAACGCUGAGCGAAUUGAUGCAUCUGGGAUACCAUCAGAGGAAUUCGGUAUGUGGCGAUGCCGGCAGUGCUUAAAGACAUUUACACAGCGGGUGUCGCUUCAAAUGCAUGAGUGCUCCAAGGCUCCAGAGAAACCCUAUCAGUGUGGACAAUGCACUUUUUCAUUCGCUACUCCAUCUGCGCUGAGAAGUCACGUGGAUUUGCAUACUAAUGACAAGCUGUACAAAUGUGGUUUCUGUUCCCGCGCUUUUUCAGGCGCGACAACGUUAAACAAUCACAUACGCACACACACGGGUGAAAAACCCUUCAAUUGUGACAAAUGUAACAAGACAUUUUCACAAGCUAGCCAUUUAGCGAGGCACCAGAGAGUACCAGGUGAAUGUCUAAAGACAGAUUAUACCAAUCGCGAUGUUAAAUGUUCAAACGAUAGCUAGGACCUGUGUUUCUGCACAGGAAUUUCCCCUAGAUAGAUUGUCGAUAAACACCACUUUAAUGACUUUUAUAUCUGAUUGCAAUGGCUAAGAGAGAAGGAGAACUUAAUCUGUUUAGAGGCACAAUGAUCAUCUGGCUUUCUUAAUUUAUUGAAUACAUCCCGCUUUCUUCUGCAUAAACCCCGGAUAUAGUUACAAUGGCUUCGGCUCGGGAUAAAAAUUUUACCACAAAAAUUUUAUCAACUUAAAUGGGCACAUUCUUAGAAGCCAAUUAAGUUCUUUUUCCAAAAUGUACCAACAAUCCUGCAUUGCAUUUUUUCCUGGAAAGUCUUAGAUCUGUAUUAUUAUCGAUGGAAUUAAGAGUGGGUAAUCAUCUGUUUCGUGCCCAGUUGUAGACCGAAAAAGCAGUCAGUAUUUCCAUUUUUCUAUAUCUCCAGUUUUUCAGUUUUCCACAACAAUUUUUUAUGGUCUGUACUCUUAUCGACCAUACAUAUGACGUCAAAAUGUUCAAAACUCAAGUUUCUAUGGUUGAUGAAAGUACAGACCACGAAAAAUUGUUAUAGAUUUGUUUUUUAAAAUACCGCUGACAGUUUUGACGUUAGCCUGCGAAAACAUCCGUUUCUCCUCG